AUGAAAAUUGUGAUACAAAAUGUUUUUAUGGUUUUAUUUUUUGCGACAUAUAAUUAUUUGUGUUUGGCAAAGGAUUCUAUAACCAUUGGAGCUCUUUUCGAUGAGGAGGACUCUCAGAUGGAGAUGCCCUUGCGGAGUUUGGUCUACACUAAAAACUUGGUAGACCAAAAGCUUUUCUACAAAAUAAACAUGCAGACUUUACUAAAAACUGAUAGUUAUUCUUGCAGUAAAAUUGUUUGCAACAUCAGUCAAACUGAUAGUGGUAUUGCAGCAAUUUUUGGGCCACAAUCUGAGGGAGCUUCAUCAAUAAUCCAAUCUCUAUGCUCGAAUUUUGAAAUACCCCACAUACAAACAAACUGGAAAGCAAAAAAUUCACCGAAAUCGGAAACCGCGCUGAAUUUUUUUCCGGAAGCAGACCUGUACGCGAUGGGCUUAGCCGAAAUUGUUAAGAGUUUGCAAUGGGAUAGUUUUAUUGUUAUCUAUGAGACAGAAGAGGGAUUAUCACGAUUACAGGAAGUGUUAAAAUUGCAGGAUUAUUUAAAAGGAAGUAAAUUCAAAAUUACCUUGAAAAAAAUGGGACUCGGUCCUGAUUAUAGACCCUUAUUCAAAGAAAUCCAAGAUUCUUCAGCAUUUAGAAUGAUCCUAGAUUGCCAUGUUGAUAAAAUUUUGGAUGUUUUAAAACAAGCUAAAGAAAUUGGUAUGCUAGAAUUGUUCCACAAUUUCUUUUUGACGUCUUUGGAUGCUCAUACGCUUGAUUAUUCCACUUUGGACACCAAUGCUAAUAUAACAUCAAUAAGACUUUUUGAUUUAAAUAAUGUUGAGUUUAAACGAGCUGUGCGAAAUUGGGAGUUGUCGCAAUACCAUUUGGGCAAUAGGAUCAAAAUUGAUCCACAGGAAAUAAGAACAGAAACCGUCCUAAUGCACGAUGCAGUUCUACUUUUCCUAGACACUUUAAACACCUUGCAAUUGACUCAAACCAUAGAGACAACCCCAAUAUCAUGCGAUAGUACUGAAAAAUGGUCCGGAGGUUUUGCUAUAUCCAAUUUUAUGAAAAUUAAACAACCUACAAUGACACUAAGCGGACCAUUAAAAUUCGACGACUUCGGCAGAAGAACGGAUUUUCGUAUACAUUGUGUUGAAGUCUUGGUAAAUAAAACCAUAGCAACUUGGACCCCAUCUGCUAGAUUAAAUAUGAGCAAAAGUGCUGAGGAGGAUGCACAAACUAUUAUAGAAAAUUUGCAGAAAACCACAGUCAUUGUGGCAUCAAGGUUGGGAAAACCAUAUCUUAACGAGAGAAAACGUAGCUACGAAGGUGAAAUAUUGACAGGAAAUGCAAGAUACGAAGGUUAUGCUAUGGACUUAAUAAAUGGGAUAGCAGAAAUUUUGAAUUUUACCUAUGAGUUUAAAGUUGUAAAGGAUUAUGGUAAACCUGAUCCAAUUACUGGUAAAUGGAAUGGACUUGUCAGGGAGUUAAUAGAUAGAAAAGCUCAUUUGGCGAUAUGUGAUCUUACAAUCACCCAUCAAAGGCGUGAAGUAGUUGAUUUCAGCAUGCCUUUUAUGACUUUAGGCAUAGGAAUUUUACAUAAAAAACCUGAUGCUAAAGAGGUCAACAUGUUUGCCUUUUUGGACCCAUUUUCUCUACCAGUUUGGUUUUAUACUGCUACACUAUACUUGAUAGUAUCUCUUCUACUAUUUUUUGUAUCCAGAAUGACACCAGGCGAUUGGGAAAGCCCACAUCCAUGUGAUCAAAAUCCAGAAGAGUUGGAAAAUAUAUGGGAUUUUAAAAAUUCCUGUUGGUUGACCAUGGGGUCCAUAAUGACACAGGGAUGUGACAUUUUACCAAAAGGUAUUUCUUCAAGAAUGUCCGUAUCAAUGUGGUGGUUUUUCUCCUUGAUAAUGACCAGUUCCUACACAGCGAAUCUUGCAGCUUUUUUGACCAUGCAAAAAAUGGAGCCUGCCAUAGAUGGUGCGGAAGCUCUCUCCAAACAAAACAAAAUUAAAUACGGCACAGUGGAAGGGGGGUCAACUCAAGCGUUCUUCAGAGAUUCAAACUAUUCGACGUAUCAACGUAUGUGGUUGUCAAUGAGUACCACUAAGCCUAGCGUUUUUGAGAAUAACAAUGAUGAGGGAGUUGAUAGGGUUAUAUCGACUAGAAAGGGGUUGUACGCUUUUUUGAUGGAGUCCUCGCAAAUAGAAUAUUUUGUGCAGACGAAGUGUGAGUUGAAGUCGGUGGGGAACUGGUUGGACUCAAAGGGAUAUGGAAUUGCAAUGCCAAUGAAUUCUCCAUAUAGAGGAGAGAUAAAUAAAGCAGUAUUAAAAAUGUCAGAAGAUGGUAAACUCAUAGAUCUUAAAACCAAAUGGUGGAAGACCAAAAGAGAAGAACCUUCUUGUGAUGAUUCUGGUGGAGGAGAAGAUGAUUCCUCAAAAUUAGCUCUAGCAAAUGUUGGUGGUGUGUUUUUGGUACUUGGUUUGGGCAUAUCUUUCGCCUCUAUAUUAUCUAUAAUAGAGUUUUUAUGGAAUGUGAGGUGCAUAUCUAUUGAGGAACAUAUGACUUACUCGGAUGCCUUAAAAAUGGAACUAAAAUUCGUCUGUAACGUUUGGAUAACCAAAAAACGUACAAGACCAGAAACGUCGGAUGAUGGAUCAACAAAAGAAGAUAGCAAAAGUAUUUUGCAAAAUGGUGUUACUUUAGUAAAUGAAAAUAAUAAAAACGGAUCAAAUGAAAAUAUCGAUGACAAAGAAUAA